AUGUCUUCAACGUUGAUCGGACAGCUCUUGUCGACAGCACAGGGCCUACUUGACGGCCUUGUGGGCUGUGUGGUCGGCCGUUUCCUUGCCAGCGACGUGCAUGAAAUGCUUUGCCCAGGCAGCCCUUACCAUGCAGUGAAGCGACGCCCCAGUACUUCUCUCCGGGGCUUCGGGCCGCUUGCCCUUGAGUUUGCAUGGGGUUGGCUUCUCAUGGGCAUCCUCAUCGGCUGGCUUCUGCACCCAGCCGCGGCCGCGUUGCAUUGUCAGGAAGUCGCCCUUCACCGCUCACCCCAUGGAGCUAGGCGCACCCAAACUUGGGCGCACCUGUUCAAUGAGGCGACUCGAGUGUUCCAGCGUGGGCUGGCGACAAGGCGCAUCGUGGACUGGCGUGCCGUGCUUGUCCCAUGUGCAGUGGACGCCAUUGGCGACGGGGCGCGCCAGACUUUGGAACCGCUGCUUAGCUGGCCCAGCGCCCUCGGCCGGUCGGCCGGGGCCUUAAGCUUGAAUUUCCUGAUUAUCCAGCCGCUGCUUAGCACUGUGGUGCAGCUGAAGGGGUUUGGGCGAUCGCAAAUGGCAAGGCUCGUCGCCGAACGCGUCGACGAGCCCGCCGCAUCCCGGGAGAUGGGCCGCACAACGCAAGCUGCAAGUGGCACUAUGUGCCAAGCUCGGCUGUUAAUCAAACAUCCGCGUGCGGCCCAGGUUGCGAACGCAAGCGCGCUCAAGAGCUUGGUGGCAUGGCCGGUCGCAACGUGCGCUCGCAGGGGUGAACGUUGCGAGUUCGCGGCGCACUGUGGCACAGUGCAGUCGCCCAAGCCCUUGUCAGUCACCGCUGGUGGGCGGGCGCCUUCCGCGAUUGCUCCAGCCCUCCGCUCGAAGGAUGUUGCGUGCCACCAUGUGCCACCGCUGCUUUGCGAAGGCACGCCGCAUGCGCAACCUCGGAUCAUGCAGGAUACGGCGAUCAAAGCUCGCGAUGCGUACGAGGGGACUUCGAUUCCCGGCAAAACAAGCAACGCCUACUUAUUCUUGGAUGCCGCCAUGCAAGCUAACAGCUCCGAUGCAGCCACCACCCAGGUUCCGGGCGCGGCGCCACGCCUGGCGCUGCUAAGGGCAGUGAAGAAGUGUUGCGCUGGCAGCUUACGGGAUGGGAAUUUGCAGCGUGUGCUGGGUGGGCGGCAGGCAGGUCUUGAAGCUCCGCUACCGUGUCCUCACUGCCACGAGCAAGUGGCCCUGCAACCAGCGCACGCCCAGCUGCAGAGAUCUCACCGAGGUGGACGAGAGCAGUCGCACGUGCAGCCCUCGUUCCUUGCUCGUCCUGUGCAGUGCUCUGCCGUUGAUCGUGCCCCGCACCCGCUGCGAGGGCGACGUCUCCAAGGAGCUGCGGUCACGCAUUUUGCUGGAAGAGUGCGACGCGGCGGUGCAAUUCAUCUGGGGUGA